GCGCCGCCCAAGAUGGCGGCGGGGCCGAGCCGCGGGCGCUGAGGCGGCGCCGGGACCGGGACCGGGACCGGGACCGGGAGCAGGAUCGGGAACGCCAGCGGGAGGCGGGGCUGGAGCGGGAACAGGGCGGGCCAUGGCCGCCGCCGCCGCGCGUUGAUUCCCUGCCGCUCACCCGGGCCGGGAUGCCCCGGGGGGGGCCCGGGCCGCCGCCGGAGCCAUGGAGGAGGAGGGCAAGAAGGGCAAGAAGCCUGGCAUCGUGUCCCCGUUCAAGCGCGUGUUCCUGAAGGGGGAGAAGGGCCGGGAUAAGAAGGCCCAGGAGAAGGUGACGGAGCGGCGCCCGCUGCACACCGUGCUGGUGGCACCGCCCGACCGCGUGGAGCCCGACCUGCUGCUCCACGACUACAUCGAGAAGGAGGUCAAGUAUUUAGGGCAGCUCACUUCCAUCCCGGGGUACCUGAACCCCUCCAGCCGCACGGAGAUCCUGCACUUGAUCGACAACGCCAAGAGAGCCCACCAGCUCCCAGGGCAGCUGACCCCGGAGCACGAUGCUGUCAUCAGCCUCUCUGCCUACAACAUCAAGCUGGUGUGGAGGGACGGGGAGGACCUGAUCCUCAGGGUGCCCAUCCACGACAUCGCCUCCGUCUCCUACAUCCGGGAUGACUCCGCACACCUGGUCGUGCUCAAGACAGCUCAGGAUCCCGGGAUCUCGCCCAGCCAGAGCCUGUGUGCCGAGGGCUCCAAGGCGCUGACGUCAGGCUCGCUGUCGGAGAGCGCAGGGGGGCCCCUGGAGUCCUGCUGCCUGGUGGUCCUGGCCACAGAGAACAAGGUGGGUGCUGAGGAGCUGUGCUCCCUGCUCAGCCAAGUCUUCCAGAUCGUUUACACCGAGUCCACCAUCGACUUCCUGGACCGCGCCAUCUUCGACGGCGCCUCGACGCCCACGCGGCACCUGUCCCUGCACAGCGAUGACUCUUCCACCAAGGUGGACGUGAAGGAGCCCUUCGAGGCGGAUGCCAGCACUUUUUCCUUUGCAGACACGCUGGAAGCAGGGGACACGUCCCCGUCCUCCUUCUCGGCCCGCCCGUCCCCCCAUGUCACCACGGCCAGCGAGAGCGAGCUCAGCACCACGGCCACCGAGCUGCUCCAGGACUACAUGAUGACGGUGGGGUUUGGGAUUGGGCUCUGGGAUUGGGAUUUGGGAUCAGGAUUUGGGGUUGGGAGCAGGGACAGGGCUGCAGGAGCAGCUCGCUCCAGGAGCCCCAGUGACCCCAGAACGCAGCCCUGCUACUCCCUGGGGUUCCUGGCCCUGCCCUGUCCCUCCCAGCCCGGUGGCAGGUGCCAGAGGUCCUCACAGGAGAUCCAGCAGUUCGCCAUGCUGCUGCACGAGUACCGCAACGGCGCCUCCAUCCACGAGUUCUGCAUCAACCUCAAGCAGCUCUACGGGGACAGCAGGAAAUUCCUGCUCCUGGGCCUGCGUCCCUUCAUCCCCGAGAAGGACAGCCAGCACUUCGAGAACUUCCUGGAGACCAUCGGGGUCAAGGACGGCCGCGGCAUCAUCACCGACAGCUUCGGCCGCUACCGCCGCUCGCUGGGCCCCGCCUCCGCCGCCAACGGCACCGCCGCCGGCAGCUCCGACGAGCAGUCCGUGCCCUCCGAGGAGGACGAGUGGGACAGGAUGAUCUCCCACAUCAGCAGCGACAUCGAGGCCCUGGGCUGCAGCCUGGACCGGGACUCGAGCUGAGGGAGCCCGGGAGCUGCUCCCGCCGGGAAUGCGGGGCAGAGUCACCCGGGGGCACCUCGGGACAGAGACACCCCGGGGGGGACAGGGGCUGCCUCCCGUGGGGUGGAACGUGGAGCUGAUCCCAGCGUGAUCCUGGGACGUGGAGCUGCCCCUGGAGGGACCCUGGAACAUGGAUCUGCCCCAGGGGGAUCCAGGACACAGAGCUGCCCUUGGAGUGGGACAUGGAACAUGGAUCUGCCCCAGGGGGGCUCUGGAGCUGCCCUUGGAGGGGCCCAAAAACACCAACCUGUGCCCUGAUGGAGAUCCUGGAAGAUGGAGCAGCCCUUGGAGGGACCCCAGACCCCUCCUGUGCCCUUGGAGGGACCCCAGACCCCUCGUGAACAGCUCCAGGGGCUCCAGCUGGGACGUGGGGCACAGAGCUGGAUUUGGGUUUUGGGGGCAGGUCUCCUCCCAGAGGGGCAGAUCUGCCCCUGAGCGUCCCCCUGUGCUCCUGAGGGAUGUGCUGAGUGUUGGGCUCUGUUCCCAAGGGGCUGGAUCUGCUGCCCCCACCCCCAGUUUACAGUUUGCACAGCGGGUUCCCCCAGAACUGCCCCCCCAAUGAAGUUUU